AUGCUGCAUUCCUCUGCUUACUUCCUGUGUUUCCUACUUUUUCCCUAUGCUGCCUUACAAUCUGCCAAAGGACCAGCUGAAGGAUAUGGUCCAGUAUUUGAGGAACAGCCCCAGAACACAUUGUUUCCAGAAGGUUCAGCUGAAGAACAAGUAACCCUCUCCUGUCGUACUCGAGCCAUUCCCCCUGCCAGCUACAGAUGGAAGCUGAAUGGCACAGAUCUGAACCUUGCUGAAAAUUCUAGUUACCGCUUAUUUGGAGGCAACCUGGCCAUCUCUAACCCUACUCAGACGAAACAUGCGGGGACCUAUCAGUGCGUUGCCUCUAACACAUUGGGAACUGUGCUCAGCAAUGAAGCAUCACUACGAUUUGGAUAUUUGCUUGAGUUUUCACCAGAGAGAGAGAUCAAGUGAAGACAACAGAAGGACAAGGAAUUAUGUUGCCAUGUAACCCUCCACAGCAUUAUCCAGGUUUAUCCUACCGAUGGCUGUUGAAUGAAUUUCCUAAUUUCUUGGCCAACGAUAGUAGACACUUUGUGUCCCAAGUGACAGGGAAUUUGUACAUUGCACGCACAGAAGCAGAAGAUGAAGGAAAAUAUUCCUGUCUUGCCACCAGUCACAUUGCCUUUACAACCAAAAGUGUUUAUAGUAGUUUUACUCCACUUAUCGUCACUCCAGGAGAGCCACGUUUGUAUGCACCAAGUAUUAAAGUACGAUUCCCUGUUGAGACUUACACCCUCUCAAGGCAAUCAGUGACAUUGGAGUGCUUUGCUUUUGGAAAUCCUGUGCCUCGAAUUCGGUGGAGAAAGGUAGAUACGUCACAGAUUCCUCAGUGGAUUUCAUCAGACCCAGUUUUGCAUAUACAAAGUGUCAGUUUUGAUGAUGAUGGUACCUUUGAAUGUGAAGCUGAAAACUCUAAGGGGCGGGAUGCCCAUCAAGGACGUGUAAUAGUACAAGCUCAACCAGAAUGGCUUCAGAUUAUUUCUGAUACUGAGGCAAAAAUUGGGUCCGAUCUUCUCUGGAAUUGUGCAGCUUCUGGAAAGCCACGUCCCACAAUUCGCUGGCAGCGUAAUGGUAAACCACUGGUCUCACAGGCUCGAACAGAAGUUACCAAUGGGCAGUUGAAAAUCACUAGUUUGCAUCUAGAGGACUCAGGCAUGUACCAGUGUGUUGCAGGGAAUAAGCAUGGCACCAUCUAUACCAGUGCAGAACUAACUGUGCAAGCACUGGCCCCUGAUUUCCGUGUAUCACCAGUGAAACCUUUGAUCCCAGCAGCUCGAGGAGGUGAAAUCUCCAUACAGUGUAAUCCUCGUGCUGCUCCCUCUCCAGUCAUCCUAUGGAGUAAAGGAACUGAACUUCUACACAACAAUAGCAGGGUGACUGUAACAACCAAUGGAACACUCAUCCUGAAAAAUAUUUCUCGUUCUGAUGAAGGAAACUAUACCUGUUUUGCUGAAAAUAUCAUGGGAAAGUCAAACAGCACUGGAAUUCUCAGUGUUAGGGAAGCGACAAGAAUCACUUUAGCUCCCUCUGGAUCUGAUAUUAAUCAAGGGGACAGCGCCACAUUGCAGUGCCAUGCAUCCCAUGAUCCAACUAUGGACCUUACAUUUACAUGGGAGCUGGAUGGGGUGCCCAUCAACUUUGAGAAGGAGCAAGAACAUUACCAAAGAGCUUCAGCGGAUGAAUCUAUCGGGGAUCUUAAUAUUGUCAAUGCCAAAUUAAGGCAUGCUGGAAAAUACACAUGUACAGCACAGACCGUAGUGGAUCGCACAUCUGCCUCAGGUUCUCUUCUUGUACGAGGCCCCCCUGGACCACCAGGAGGUGUGGUUGUCAAGGAUGUGAAGGAAACAAGCGUUCAGCUGACCUGGAGUCGAGGGUUUGAUAAUCACAACCCUAUUAGUCGCUAUAUGGUACAGGCGAUGGAGCCUGAGAUAGAAAUUUGGAAGCCUGCAAAAACAGAUCCACCCACUGUAGAGGGUAAUGCAGAAUCAGCUCUUGUGGUUGGCCUUACACCAUGGACUGACUACCUUUUCCGGGUAGUGGCCAGCAAUAUUUUAGGAGUAGGGGAGCCAAGUGCUCCUUCUUCUUUAGUGAGAACCAAAGAGGCUGCUCCUAAUGUGGCUCCGUCAGGCGUUAAUGGAGGAGGCGGUACGCCGAAUGAGCUUACUAUUAACUGGACGCCUCUUGGAAGGCAAUAUCAGAAUGGAGACGGCUUUGGAUAUAUCAUAGCUUUUAAAAGAAAGACCGAAGACAUCUGGCAGACAUUUAGAGUAUCUGGGGUACAGUCCCAUCAGUUUGUAUACCGGAAUGAGACCAUUACAGCUUACACUCCCUUUGAUGUCAUGAUCAAAGCUUUUAAUCGGAAAGGAGAAGGACCAUACAGUCUAGAGACCACUGUAUAUUCAGCAGAGGAUGAGCCAAAUAUUUCCCCUUCUAAAGUCAAAGCUAUGGCAAUAUCAUCAUCGGAUAUUGAGAUGGAAUGGAACUCUGUGUCACCUAAUAAUGGUGUUUUACUGGGCUAUGAGAUUCGUUACUGGAAGGCUGGAGAUAAAGAGGCAGCUGCGGAUAGGGUUAGAUCACCCAGUCUUGAUACUUCUGCCAAAAUGAGCGGAUUGAAGCCAAACACUUUGUACCACAUGACUGUUCGCGCUUAUAACAGAGCUGGGACUGGACCACCUAGCCCAAUUGCUAAUGUCACUACCAGCAAAGCACCUCCUAAGAGACCUCCACGUAAUAUUUCCUGGACACUUUCCCGCUCCAGCAUUAACAUCAAGUGGGAUCCAGUGAUAGCAAUGAAGAAUGAGUCCUCUGUAACAGGAUACAAGCUUCUUUAUAGGCUUGAUUCACAAUCAACUCCUACUCUGUAUGCAACCAGCAAGACAAGAGCAGAGCUUCCACUUCCUGAAGGGGCCAGCCAUGUGACGAUACAACUCUGUGCUACUGGAAAAGGUGGAGAUGGGGAGCCAGCAGAAGUACACAUUCCCAAAGAUUCAGGUAUUUUGGAGGGUUUUUUUUAG